GCAUGCACACUGUCACACCGUUCCACUGUUUACAAACAAAUCCGGUGCCGUGAUGGUGCUUUCCCAUCAUUAAUUUGCAAGUUUUUUAGGGCAAAAAAGGGUCUGUGAAGGUCAAUGUUUGGUGGUUGAUGGAAAUAACUUAUACGUAACGAACUAUCAUCAUCACAGGAUUUGCGCGAAUGACACCGUGCCUCGACGUUUGCGCAACACGAGCUAGCUUACGCCACCGGUUGUUUGAUUUCGGAGCGGCCGGCUACUUUACCAUCCACAUCCAAGAUGUAUCACCGGAAUCUGGCCCACCUGAAUCCGUACGAGCUGCACAAGCAUCUAAUCAACGAGUACAUGCUCACGAAGCCGGGUGCAACGAAGCUGCUGCAGCGUGAUACGUCCCGCGACAAAACGGACCACGAUGUAGUGCGCGAGAAUCACCGGUUUCUGUGGGAUGACGAAACGGUGGACAGCUGGGAGAAGCAGCUGGCCAAGAAGUACUACGAUAAGCUGUUCCGCGAGUACUGCAUAGCGGACCUGAGCCGGUACAAGGAGAACAAGGUUGCUAUGCGGUGGAGAAUCGAGAAGGAGGUGGUUGUCGGCAAGGGACAGUUCGUUUGCGGCGAUCGGCACUGCGAAGAGCGGAACGAGCUGCGCAGCUGGGAGGUCAACUUUGGCUACCAGGAGCAUGGGCAGAAAAAGAACGCACUAGUUAAGCUGCGCCUUUGUCCCAAAUGUUCCGACAAACUUAACUAUCACUCGAAAAAGAGGGAAAUCAAACGGCUGAAAAAACGAGAUCGUAAAGCAAAAUCUUCCAGUGGCGGUAGGAGGGUAAGCGAUGAUGCUGUUUCCUCGAGUAGCGUGGCUGCGCCUACUCAGGAAGGCACAUCUGUCGCCACGACAACACAGGAAAGCAUCGAACCGGAUGAAGUACCGGAAGCGGUAGGCGAACAAGAUGGUUCCUGUGCACCGGAAGUUGCUGAAGGAAGUUGGACGAAGGGCCAUGAAGUGGAAGAAAAGACACGUGAAGAAGAGUUUGACGAGUUUUUGGAGGAUCUUUUGCUUUAAUCUACGAUCGUUGCGUGCACAAACAUUAAACAAACGAUACUGUGUGCUACUAUUUUUAAGAUCGUAGUCGAGCUAUGUUUAAGCAUGUUUGGGAAAUAUAAUAACGCCUGUGGUGUUUUCGAAUUUCAGUUUAA